UGUCACUCAUCAGACAGCAGAAGCAGCAGAAAUGAUCGCACUGAACCCCGGAAGUGUGUGUGACCCUCAUCAUUAUUUCUCACCUAUGAAACCCUUUAAACAGUCUGAGAAAUGAAAUGAUCUAUUUAUAUGUGCCCAUCGCUCAUCUGAGAAUCACAGCUGGUGAAUAAAAACUCAUUUUGGAGGCGGCUCCAGACUGUAGAUGCCUUUGAGUUCAAACCCAACAGGGUUCGAGAGGAUGUCAUUGUGAGGGACGCUUUGUGUGGAAAGAAUGCAGUCUUCAGGACACCGGCUGAGGGAUGUGGAGCAGCACCAGCCCCUGCUCAGCGGAGGGGAGGAGGAGGUGGCUGCCGGCCGCGUCUGGUUCAUCCAGGACAGCUGCGGGAUGGUGUGCGCCUUCAUGACCUGGUUUCUGGUUAUGUACGCAGAAUUUGUGGUGAACUUUGUCAUGUUGCUCCCCUCCAAAAGCUUCUGGUACACUCUCAUUAACGGCGUGGCAUUUAACUUCCUGGCUGUGUUGGCGCUGACAUCGCACCUGCGAACCAUGCUGACAGAUCCGGGAGCUGUUCCCAAAGGUAACGCCACUAAAGAAUAUAUGGAGAGUCUGCAGCUGAAGCCAGGAGAGGUCAUCUACAAGUGUCCAAAAUGCUGCAGCAUUAAACCAGAGAGAGCACACCACUGCAGUAUCUGUAAGAGAUGCAUCAGGAAGAUGGAUCACCACUGUCCUUGGGUCAACAACUGUGUGGGCGAGAACAAUCAGCGAUUCUUUGUCCUCUUCACUAUGUACAUAGCCUCCAUUUCAUUGCAUGCACUGUGUCUCAGCGGUUUCCAUUUCUUCACCUGUGUCAAAGUCCAGUGGAAUGAGUGUAGUGAUUUCUCCCCACCUGUGGCGGUCUUGCUGCUGAUUUUCCUGUGUCUGGAAGCGCUGCUGUUUCUCACCUUCACUGCUGUCAUGUUCGGCACUCAGAUUCACUCCAUCUGUAAUGAUGAGACGGAAAUCGAGCGGUUGAAGAACGAAAAGCCCACAUGGGAGCGGCGGGUGCGAUGGGAGGGAAUGAAGGCUGUUUUCGGUGGCCCACCCUCUCUGCUCUGGUUCAACCCUUUUGCUGGACUCCGGCUCCAGCGCCUGCUGAUGGUUCGUGCCCGGAAGGGCGGGGCUGAGUUCUCAGUUUGAGUGAAGAAUGCUGUCUAUAAAGGCAUGUCCAUCUGCCUUCAUGCCUAUUACCCCCCUCACAUAGGACAUAGGAGUCCUUCCUUAAUGCUGAUGCAGGUUUGGAGAUACUACAGUGAAAACCUGUGAAAUAACUGAUGUCGCCCUUGGAACAAUGAGGCUACGUCUCGAUACAGCCUGUCUGUGUCUACACAUUAUUACCUCGUUAGGCGGAUCAUACUUGUUAUGCUCAUAUUUUCUUCAUGAACAUUCACACUCAUGGGUUUUUGAUUUGCUUUUUAAGUGGACUAUUUUUGUUGUUUGGGAAUUUAUGGAACAGUUGAAGGAUGUCAGUAUCCGUUAUCCAGCCUGAAGAAACUACAUCUUGUGAUUUAAGUAGAGCUACUGUGUGAUUAAAAAUAAUGGCUAACAUGCAAUGGUUAUUUAAAGAAACCAAAUGAAAUCCACAAAAGUUUUUUUUGGGGGAAUUUCACAAAAACUGUCAGGAAAUGUCAGAGUGUUUAUAUAUCACACUAAAAUCAAAAGGAAAAAAGAAGAUAAAGAAGCCAGUUAAAUUUUUUUUUUUUUUAAUUUAAAGAAAAAGUCUCAUUUGCAUUAUUGUAAUGUGAAAAAUAGAUUAUCUAUUAUUUAAAAAUGUAAAGUAUUUAUAUAUAGUAUUUGAUGUAAUGAAUUUAAUUUAAUUUAUGCUAAUUUUAAUGUAAUUUAUUAUAAUAAUGACAGUGAGAUUUUUUUUUCAUACCACAUUAAUAAAAAUUGCUUAAUUAUAAAGAAAAUGUCAAAAUGCACAAAAAUCUUAAUGGCAGAUAAAAUAGGCUUUAUUUUCUUUAUGUAAAGUAUCAUUUAUAGAGUUUUCCUUUUGAUGUUAGUGUGAAAUAUGAGCAGGACAUUUCCAUUUCCUUAGGUGUUAAGUGCUUGCGGCUGGUUUAGUCACCUUAUCUUUAGCGCAUAACCUAAAUGAAGAAGUCAUUUUAAAAUGGUCUCGUCUUCAUGUAUUGUAUAGAUAAUAAUAGCCUCAUUCCGUAGUCUUGAAAUUAAUGCCAAUCCCACCAAGAACUUGAAUGGACGACGUGACUAUAUAUAUAUAAUUCUUACAUUGACCUUUGGUAGCUCUGUAAGAUAAAUAAAGACAAAUCACAUUAUGGCAUACAUAAUAAAAGGAUGCCCUCUGUGCGCACGAGGCCCACAGUGCUGAGCCAGGAACUCUAAUUAACGUGUAGAUUACAAAUUUAACACACGGCAGUGACAUUGGCGGGCACCAUCCAUGUAGUGAGACUUUGCGAACUCGUCGCAAGUCAAACAAAUAUGCUGCACAAUUCACAGAGGCUGACUAUCACUUUGUUUUAUACUGUCUCUUGUUGCUUCGUGGUUCAUUGUCCUCACUUUUAUGCUUUUACCUUUAGCUUAGAGAAUCGUUUCAUGGUGACCACUAAGUUUUCCUUUUGGAAAAUAUUUUCAUCAUACAAAGCUGGAACUCGUUUGGCACGGUCGACACGAUGUGUGUGUGUUGCUUUGAUUUCAAAGGAAAUCUCACAAAACCUGUCAAGAACAUCUUCAUGUCAUAUUUGACUACUAAAUGAAAAGAUAAAAACAAGGAAUUACAUUUUGCAUAAAGACGGUCAAAUCUAUUUUAGGCCCUUCCCCACAUAUUCUCAAUAUAAUGCAAAAAAAAAAAAAACAUAAAAAUAAAAUAGUUAAUCUAUAACUAAAUAAUAAAUUGUAUUAUUUACACUUUUAGAUGUUUUACAUCAUACUAGUAUUUAUCGUAUUCCUGUUAAUUUAUGCUGAUUUUAGUUCUCACAUAAUAAGAAUAAUGUCACAAUGCCAUAAAUCCUUAUGAUCCUAGAUAUAGACUUUAAUUUUUCUUUAUGAAAUAUAUACUUUUCUAUUUUUUUCUUUUGACUUUGAAGUAAAAUAUGUCUUGGAUAUGUUCUAGCUUGGCUUUGUGUGAUUGCCCUACUGUAUUAUUAGAACAUUUAUUGCUUUUAUUUUAAAAAAUAUAUUCAAAUAUAUAAAAAUAAUGGCAGUACAUGAGAAUUAUAUCACAGCACUAAAAGGUGAGUUUAGAUGGGUCUAGAUAGAGUUUUAAGAGACUUGAAAACCACUCCAUAUUUACCAAGCAGAAGAGAUACAUAUAUGUGUUAACAGUCUUGGAUAUUAUGUUUACAAUACUGGCUGUUUUCAAGCAUUCAUACGAAUAUGUGAUGAUGCUUUGGUUCUGGUAUCACAGCCAUUCAACAAGUCCAGUGUAGAAGAUGAGGCCAACUGCAUUUGUUUUUAUCACAAAUGACUGGAGAUAAAGGGAUAUGGAAAUUUGAGCCAGUCUGACAAUUGAUUCUUCCAUAUCCAUGAUACCAGAUAAAUGAUUUAUAGAUCAAAUAGUACAACAAAACUAGUAAGACUUGUUCUAAAUUUGACCGUUGCCAUUAAAGUGUAAUUCCAGCAUUUUAUUUGUGAGAAAAAGUGAGUUUUGUGUGCCAAUUUUGUUAUGCAGCAUUUAUGUAAUGAAUAUGAUGAUGAAAUCUUCUUUUACACAUUCCCUUCACAUUAUUAUGAAGAUAACUGGCUUUUCAUACAAACCAUCAGACGGUUCAUGCAGUGGAAUUUAGAUUGGACUGAAUGGUGUCAUUUAUUUUUUAUUUUAAGCCUUUCUAAACAAAGUCUACUAGUUAUUAAUUUUCUCUAAAGGGAAUAUGUACUAUAUGCAAGCCUGAAGAUCAUGUUUUGAAUUUGAUAUGAGAAGACUUGCCUUUUAUCAGCACAUCACUAAGAAUGUAUCUCAUGCUUUUUAUACCUUGUUUUGAUUGGGUAGAAGAGGGAGUUAUUUUCUUUGCAUUAGAAUAAUUAGAGUUUUGCAUUCUGUACUAUUAUUAUUAUUACUACUGCAACAGUAUUUGCCUGACCUCAACUCUAUUUUUAAAACAUGCUUAGACUUGUAAUUCUAGAUAUUAUUUGACUAUAAAAGCUGAGGGAUGUUUGCUCUUAAUGACCUUCAUUAACCUCAAAUAGCAUUAGGGAUUACGCUAUUGCAUAUGUUAUCAGACCUUUUGAAAUGUCUUGGUUCUUGAACCAAGUUACCAUCAACAAAAUCUAGAAACUUUGUCUCCAACUUUCACCUUUUCUCCACGUUAAAUCUUUAUAGUGCUGCAGAUUUCACUGAAACGGGUCAUUAUAGCCCAAAAUGUCUCAAAGCUUCAAGCUCAUUUUAACAGUGUCUGAACUUGGAAUGUUGGAAACAGGGUUUACGGUCACAAAGCAAAGAUUAUGAAAUUAUGUCUGUAAUAAAUGGUGUAAACAAAUAUUGUUCUGAUACUUUGAAGUGUCAUAAAGUUAUGUUCUUUCUUAUGUAAAGUUCUUUUACAUAAUAAAGUCAUUAGAUUUAAAAGCUAUUAAA